CUCUGGAAGGACGUUUAUCAUUCCCCACGUCUCCUUUUCCCCCAUGAACCUGAUGCAGUCUUGUUUGUUCCUGUCAAAUCCGCUGUUAACUAGUUAAGAGCAGUUUGUUCGUUAUUGUGAGAACAAAAGUGUAGCUAGGAGGAGCUGGAAAAGCCCAAACCUACCACGAUCACGUUGAGACGUGUUUGAUCAGACUUGAUCAGUACGCGCCAUUUUGCUAAGAACAAUACACGUUUUUAAUUUGUCAGCAGCAACCAUAUAAAAAUUUUAAUCAUGUCAAAUGAAGAAACAUCAGCGGACCGUAACGUAGAAAUAUGGAAAAUAAAAAAACUAAUCAAAAGCUUGGAACUAGCCAGGGGGAACGGCACCAGCAUGAUUUCACUAAUAAUACCUCCAAAAGAUCAAAUUUCGAGAGUCAGCAAGAUGUUAGCAGAUGAAUUUGGUACUGCAUCAAAUAUCAAGUCUCGAGUGAACAGGUUGUCUGUUUUAGGUGCAAUUACUUCAGUACAACAUCGUUUGAAGUUAUAUACCAAAGUUCCACCAAAUGGUCUAGUAAUUUACUGCGGUACAAUAGUAACAGAUGAAGGCAAAGAAAAGAAAGUUAACAUAGACUUUGAGCCAUUUAAACCGAUAAAUACCUCCCUGUAUUUAUGUGACAACAAAUUUCACACAGAGGCAUUGACAGCCCUUCUGGCUGAUGACAAUAAAUUCGGUUUUAUCGUAAUGGACGGUAAUGGAGCGUUAUUUGGCACAUUGCAAGGUAAUACCCGUGAAGUGCUUCAUAAGUUUACUGUAGACCUUCCAAAAAAGCAUGGAAGAGGGGGUCAGUCUGCGUUACGUUUUGCGCGAUUAAGAAUGGAAAAGAGACACAACUAUGUAAGAAAAGUUGCCGAGGUUGCAACGCAGCUCUUUAUAACCAAUGACAAGCCUAACAUCGCUGGACUUAUACUUGCCGGAAGUGCCGAUUUCAAGACUGAACUUAGUCAAUCUGAUAUGUUCGAUCCUAGACUUCAAGCUAAAGUAAUAAAACUAGUUGAUGUAUCUUAUGGCGGUGAAAAUGGCUUCAAUCAAGCUAUAGAGUUGGCAGCUGAGUCUUUGCAGAAUGUAAAGUUUAUUCAAGAAAAGAAACUUAUCGGCAGGUACUUUGAUGAAAUCAGCCAGGACACGGGCAAAUACUGUUUUGGAGUAGAGGAUACUCUUAAAGGACUUGAGCUUGGCGCUGUAGAAACCCUCAUCUGCUGGGAAAACCUUGACAUACAACGAUACGUACUGAAGAAUCAUACUGUGGGAACAGAAACUGUACUCCAUUUAACCCCAGAACAAGAGAAAGAUAAGUCUCAUUUUACAGAUAAAGAGACCGGCGUCGAAUUAGAAUUAGUUGAAUGUCAACCACUAUUGGAAUGGCUCGCGAAUAACUACAAGAAUUUCGGUGCUACUUUAGAAAUUAUCACGGACAAAUCGCAAGAAGGAUCACAGUUUGUACGAGGGUUCGGUGGCAUUGGAGGUUUGUUACGGUACAAGGUGGACUUUCAGAGUAUGCAGCUGGAGGAGUAUGAAAACGGAGAAGAAUUUGAUUUGGAUAGUUAUUGAACAUUAUAUCAAAAGUGAUUACUUAAUAUAA